AGUUUAAAUGUUUGUAUGUAAACAAAUAAAUUGUGUUGGUUUUUAGUUGUAUGGUAGAGGAUUUUCGAAUAUUCACCCGGAAUGUCUAAAGAUACAGAAUACACUACAGAAAAUUUGCUUGAGGAUGGGUGUGUGGAUUUUAAUGGGGCCACACUACAAAUGCAUCCUGAUGAUCACGGUAGGACAAAAAGCCCAAAUAGCUUGGCUGAUGAUAGUGACUCGGUUGCAAAGCUGUCCUUAUCUCCUGAUCUGUCUGGGAACAAGCAAAAGGAUGAUGACAGUCUGAAACCCGCAGUGUCAAGUGGAGCAGACGUCGUCUCGCCGAUAAUUUCGUUACCCAAACGAAUCUCGCAGACGCUGAGGCAGCUAGGCGCGAGGCGCGCGGAGGUGGCGUGCCAGCUGCCGGCGCUGGGUGAGGAUGAGGCGCGCUACUUCUUCAGCUCGCGCGGCGGCCUGGUGGACCUCGCCGUGCGGGAGUGCGCGUCCCAGCUGGUGGUGCCAGAGGUGGACGGCGCACUGGUCGGCUCCUGGCUGCUCACCGAGAUCAGCCUGUGGGACCACGAGAAGGAGCGCCUGGUGCUGCUGACGGCACACGCGCUGUUCACGGUCAAGUACGACUUCAUCGCGCUGCGGCAGCUGGAGCACCGCCGCGUGCCGCUCUGCCUGGUGGACACGCUGGUGGUCGGGGAUCUUGUGUACCCGUCCGGCUCCCUUGUCCCCCGGCUGAACGGCCUGGCUGCAGGCGUCACCUCCGCGGUCAAGGGCUGCCUCUUGCGCCCCUUGCAGCAGCGCUGGGCCCGCGGCAACGACCCCGACAAAAGCUUUUGCCCCUCGGCGUUUGACUACAUCACGUUCGAACCGAGGGCGCGCAACACGAGGGGCGUGCGGGUGCUGUGGAACCACCGGCAGCCGCUGGGCCUCGGCAAGAAGUGGAACCCCUUCAGCAAGGAGAUUCCCUUCACCACCUACACUUCCCACCCCCUCUUCUGGCACAAGGGAGCAGCCACGGAGGCCGUCAGCGAGGCCAACCAGCGGUACGAUGUGGACGACUUUGCGCGCAGCCUCGUGUCGCAGGUGGAGACGGCGUGCGACUGCCGCAUAGAGCACCGGCCCGUGGUCCUGGAGAACUACUUGGGGCUCGGCUCGCUGGUCCACAACCGCAACGAGCUGGGCUUCUUCAAGGUGCGCGGCAAGUUCAGCUUCUAGCUGCGAGCGCCCCCGUUCGGCGGACCGCACCGACACCAAAGAUUGUUACUGCCUCCGGCUGGGGCGGAGAGGGGCCGACAAUCUCCAUCACCACCGUUAGAUUUUACUAUCCAAACUUAUAAUCGGGCCACAGUUGUGUGGCCCUUCAGGGUUCGAAACCUUCUGCACUUGCAGACUUUCAUUUUCCGGAAAAUGUUGCAGAUGCAGCAAUUAGCCAGUGGGUUUACCCAGGGUUGCUCCAGUUUUCCUCAUCUUUCUCAUUUCUUGCUAAUGGUGGAUAUAAAAUUAAUUUUAUCAACUGCUGGAAAAAAAGUUCUCUCAUGUGUCCUGUGACUUACCAGCUUUCAAAAAAUAAAUUUAAAAGUUCCUGCUAAUUAUUUAUUUGUAAAUUCAAACUGGUAUACGGCUCUCCCCCUCAACUGGAGGUUUUUUUGCACCUAACAUUAUUUAUUAUUGACUUUAAGAAAUUCUAAAUGUUGUUUUUGUUUGCAUUUCAUAUUUUAUUGUAAGGGUUUGUAUGAGAGAAAAUACAUAUGUCCUUUGUGCA